AUCCCUGGGAGAAGGGGCAGGAGGAGAAAAGUAGAGACAAACACAGAAAGAGUAUGAGGACAAGACAGAGGGAAUGAGAUGACACUAAGGCGAAGGAAUGAGAAUUAAGAAGAAGGAAUGACAGUGCAAGACAGAGAUCUCUAUCUCUGUCUCCAUCUACGCAGAGACUCUCGGAGAGGUGUGAACAGAGGGAGAAGGAGUGAGACAACAGGCAGAGAGGGGAACAACAGAAAGAGAGAACCAGAGACUCGGGGACUCAGGAGGCUGGACUGUCUUUGGUCUUUGUUGUUAGCCAUGGAAGCAGAAGGGAGGAGUGGGCAGGGUAGGCAAAGGAGGGGGCGAGUUUGCAGCAGCCUCUGGCCUGAGAGCUACACAGCCGCUGGGACUGUGACCUCCAUGGUGGACAUGAGCACUCGGCCCUACAGGAACCUCUCUGGUAUAGGGAUGGGGAGACCAAGGCUUUCCCCGCAAGGAGGACAGAGGGGUCGCUCGCACUCCCGGCGCCGCCACCGCACCACCUUCAGCCCAGCGCAGCUGGAACAGCUGGAGUCAGCCUUUGGAAGGAACCAGUACCCUGACAUUUGGGCCCGAGAGGGCCUUGCCCGGGACACAGGCCUCAGCGAGGCCAGAAUCCAGGUCUGGUUCCAGAACCGCAGAGCUAAGCAGCGGAAGCAAGAGCGGUCACUGCUCCAGCCACUGGCCCAUCUGUCCCCUGCCACCUUCUCUGGUUUCUUGCCGGAGUCCCCUGCUUGUCCCUACUCCUACCCAACACCACCUCCACCAGUGACCUGCUUCCCUCACCCCUACAACCAUGCCCUUCCCGCUCAGCCCUCCGCAGGGGGUUCCUUUGCUCGACCCCACCAGUCUGAAGACUGGUGCCCCUCCUUGCACCCAAACCCCGCUGGUCAUCUGCCCUGCCCCCCACCCCCACCCAUGCUUUCCCUCAGCCUUGAGCCACCAAAGUCCUGGAACUAAGGUCAAACAAAUGCUGAUAAGCUCUAGUCUUUCCUACUUCCAACAGACCUUGCAAAUCUGAUCAUCAAAGAAUGGCUCUCCAAUGUCUUAUAAAAAAUAAAUAAAUAAGAUCUGAU